AUGCUGCUUGACGGCCGCCCCGCGGCGCGGGGCGAGCUUGCGUGGCCCGUGAGCCAGAGUCUCCCCGCGGGCUUCUCGCGGUCGUUGUUCUUCGCCCAGGCGGCCAAUCAAGCCCGCCUGGACCUGCGGCCGUCGCUGAGCCGCAGCUCGCGGCUAAGCGACCGCGGGCCCCCCCCCCUGGCGAUGGGCAAUCCCGACGCGGGGGCCACCCUCGGCCACUGCAUGUACGCGGGCAAUGCAGGCAUCGUCGGCCCACGCGUUCCGCGGGUUCAGGCGGCGCUGCUGGAUGCACAGAAGGACGUCGAGGGCGACCGCUUGAAGUUCCACGAGGUUGAGCUGCUGCCCGAGGGGGGGCGCGCGCUCGGCCGUUUCGUGGACGGGAGACGGUCUGCCACCAGACCCACCAAGGGCUUCAGAUGUCUCUUGAAGCGCCGCAAGGUUGCAGGCUGGCAGCUAAAGAUGGCGUCGGGCCAUGUGACUUUCAUGGCCCUGGUUCGGCGCGAGGUGUUGCCAAUUUUCCAUGCUGCGUACGCCUUCGUGUCGCAAAGCUGCCGCGCCUGCUCGGUGCUGUGGCCUGCGGCGAGUGAUGUUAGAGUCGAGCUGGACCAGGCCUGCUCUGACUCGGAGACGGUGGCUGGGGUCGGCCGCAUCUCUGAGCUGUCGCGGCGGCGCCACGGCGCCGGGCUGGCGCGGCAGCAUGCCUUCGAGCGCGCUGGCUUCCUCAUGUACAGCAAGACGGGCCAG